CAUCCUCCGUCUUCUUCCUUUACUCGCAAAGGACAGCCAGCUAUUAAGAGUGCAUCCCACUCUUUACCAAAACACACACACACGCAUGCGCACACACAUAUUUUUAGACAGGGGAACAAAAAAGUCGAAGACAGAGAUUGAGACUGAUCGAACGCAAGGGACAGUAUCUGACUGUAACACGAGACUGCAGGUAGAAUUACCUUUCCCUUUUCCCCCCUUUUCCCCCUUUUUGCAGUUAUUUCGUCGCACGACUGGUGGCCGUGGGCCAAAGACGCGCUCCGCGGAGUUCCGCUCCGUCCGCGCGGACGGCGGCGCGAGAAACCGCGAGACAGGAGCCGGCGAGCAAAAAGAAGACGAAGUGGGGGGAGAAAAAGGCCGACAUUUAACGCGCGUGACUAAACUGUUUAGUGGGUAGCGAGUGGAGUGUGGAUACGACACAAGUGUGAAUACAUAAGCCCCCGAGAUCCAGCGGUGCGCGGCAUGUAUGACGCGGAGGGCGGUGCCGCGGACAAGUUGUCAGCAGCUGUGACUGUGUUAGACCAGCAGCUGCCGCACCACAGACGGCAGGAAAAGGAUGUUUCUACCUGCGACCCGUCUCUACUCAACACCCACAUUGCCUUCGCUCCAUCGUCGUUGCCGCCGCCUCCACCGCCACCAUUCCCCUUGCUUCCACCUCGGUCUUACCAGGGGUCGGUGUCCUCGCCCUCCUGCACUUCUCCGCACACAUCCCCUUUAUCCUCUCCUCAACAGGUUUUCGGACGAUCAGCAUAGGUGUUCCUGUUCCAACUCCGCCGCCGCGCGCGAUCCGCGCCGCUGGUCACCGUUGCCGCUCCCGUCAUCGGCGUCGCACAAUCGACGGCCUUUCCCUUUAUCCUCCUCGUCCUCCUCCGCCGCAGUUUUGUCGCCGUCGUCGCUGUUUGUCUGUCACCAGGUUUGUCUUCUCAAUCCUCUCCGCGCCAGACCUCCGCGCUUGCGCCGGCCCCGAACGGCAGGGGGGCAGUCAGCGCCCCUCCCGACACCUGCAAGAUACCUGUCCUCGUAGGGCCGGACCUUGAACUUCGAUCUUCAAAAGCCGCGGCGCAGGCGGCUCAGAGAUCAAUCGGCGGCACUAAAGACCUUUCACUGGUGUUGACUUCGCGUGCCGCCGCGUCCGACUCUUGUCACACCGCCCUGCAGGACGACAAGUGCACGCGCGGACUGAGAUACAAGUUCGACGAACAGUGCGCGGACAUGGAGGGGGACGCCGAGAAUCCCCAAGAUGCUGUUCGCAUGAAGUUCAUCCAGAAGCAGAAGCUGGACGGGGCAGGACACUUGUCGCGGUGGUCAAAUCGGGAGAAGUACCUGGUCGCAAUCUCUUGUCUUCUCUUCCUCACCUGCAUUGCCUUCGUGGUUCUCGCCUACACCCGAGACCGAGAGCAGAAAGUUCACCACCCCGGGUACUGCCUAUCAGCCAAAUGCGUCAAUACUGCUGCUCAGCUCAUGGCGGCCAUGGACACCACAGCCCACCCCUGCGACGACUUUUUCCAGUUCGCCUGCGGUCAGUGGAAUCGCAGAAACGUGAUUCCGGAAGACAAACACAGCUACAACACUUUUGAGAAACUCCACGAUGAGCUUCAGAUCAUCUUAAAAGACUUGCUAGAAGAAUCGCCGAUGGCGCACGAUAGCAACGCGACUCUGAAGGCGAAGACUUUGUACAAAUCGUGUAUCAACAUGACGCAGAUAAGAAAUAUAGGGGACGAACCGCUUCGCAGCGUGACCCUUGAACUUGGAGGAUGGCCAAUCAUUUUAGAGAACUGGGACAGCAGUUCUUUCGUGCUGGAGGAGGUCCUGGGCAACAUCCGCUUGAAGUACAACGCUCCCAUUCUGAUUGGCUCGUGGGUCGGAGCUGAUGAUAAAAAUUCUUCGUUAAACAUUAUUCAGCUGGACCAGCCGGGUCUAGGGAUGCCCAGUCGGGAAUACUACCUGCAGGCCAAGUCGGAGUCGGAGUACGUGCAGGCUUACCUCAACUUCAUGAGAGGAGUUGUCUCCCUGCUAGGUUCAACGGAAAUCCCAGUGGACGACCAGCUGAUGGAUCUGCUGGAGUUCGAAACCAAGCUAGCCAAUGUGACCAGGCCCCAGGCAGAGCGUCAUGACACGGGCGCUCUGUACAAGAAAAUGUCCAUCUCUCAACUACAGCAGCUUGUACCUCAGAUGGACUGGUUGGUGUACCUGCGUGGCGCCGUCAGCCCUGUCCUGUCGGGCAACGACGAGGUGGUUGUGUUUGCCGUGGAGUAUCUCCAGGACAUGAUGACCAUCGUCCGUCAGACAGACACCAGGACACUAGCCAAUUACAUCAUUUGGAGAGUGGUCAUGAUGCUGGCGCCUGAGUUGACGGAGAGUUACCAACAGGUUCACAGCAAAUACAAAAUGGUUUUACACGGAGUCAUGCGUGACAAAGUGCGAUGGAAAAAGUGUGUGGAGUAUGCAAACGACCAAAUGGGACUUGCAGUGGGCGCCAUGUUUAUUCGGGACAACUUCCGCAGGCAGAGCAAACAAACGGCUCUUGAUAUGAUAGAAGACAUUCGCGCGGCCUUUAACGAGCUCCUGGACGAAAACGAGUGGAUGGAUGAAGAAACAAAAGAUGUUGCCAGAGAAAAGGCUAACGCCAUGAAUGCCAGGAUCGGUUACCCAGACUUCAUCACAGAGAAGGACAAGCUGGACGCCAAGUAUCAGGAGCUCCUGUUCGAAGAGCGGCAUUACUUUAACAACGUGCUGGCGAUGAAGCGGUUCGAGGCUCACAAGAUCAUGUCCAAGCUUGGCAAGCCAGUGGAGAAGGACGAAUGGGAGCAGGAACCUGCGGUCGUUAACGCAUUUUACAAUUCCAACUCUAACGACAUUGUUUUUCCAGCCGGAAUCCUGCAACCUCUCUUCUACAGCGAACAUUUUCCCAAAUCUCUCAACUAUGGUGGCAUAGGAGUUGUCAUCGGUCAUGAAAUUACUCACGGAUUCGACGAUAAAGGCCGGCAGUACGACAAGGACGGUAACCUCAAGCAAUGGUGGGACAACCACACCAUCCAGGCCUUCAGAGACCGCGCCCAGUGCAUCAUUGAUCAGUACUCGGGUUUCAAACUGGAGCAGACAGGGCUCUAUAUUAACGGCAAAAACACUCAAGGAGAAAACAUCGCAGAUAACGGCGGCCUAAAGCAGGCAUACAGGGCAUACCGCAGGUGGGUAGAGAAGCACGGUGAGGAGACACCUUUACCUGGGAUUGAGCUUAACCACGAUCAGCUGUUUUUCCUUAACUACGCACAGAUCUGGUGCGAGAUGCGAGACGAAGAGGCCUUACACGGGAUCCGGACGUCAGUUCACAGCCCGGGGCCCAUCCGCGUUCUGGGGCCGUUGUCCAACUCCGAGGACUUUUCACUGGCAUACAACUGUCCUCUGGGCAGCCGCAUGAACCCGAAACACAAGUGUUCUGUGUGGUGACUCCAUUUCUUCUUUCUUGGACCCGCCGAUGACAAGGGGAAUAAACAGUGCUUGGGUCUGAUGACAGUUUGUGACCCAGUGUGAUGGAGGGGAAGACUGGGGACACUCGGCCAGUGCGGAGGUCGCAAGGGUCAGCGGUAAUUUAUAAACACACAAACACACAGAGCUUGUUGUCCUCUCCUCUCUUCGGUUAAAGUACUGUUGGAUUGAAUCUCCGCAAAAUAAUAUUAUAGAACCAGAAUCUUCUAGCCAUUUUGUUGUUCUUAUUAGCCGGUUCUUGCUACUGUUGUUAUUCGAUUUAUUGAUCGAUAUCGGUUUUUUUCAUAUUUCCGUUCUAGUUUGUAUUGUAAGUUCCAGUCUUUCAUCUACUUAUUUACGAUGCUCAUUGAAAAGGACUUUCACACGGUGUUGCAGUUUUUGAAUCUUUUGGAAAGUGAAACCCGGUAAAAUGUUUUCACGCGACUCAAUCUCAAUCUUAGUUUGUUUGUUUUUAUUUUGUUUGUUUCUUUACGAACUUAAAUCUGCUGUUAUUUGUUCUGAAUAAAUUUUGAUUUUUCACAUGUAACCACACAAUUACUGUGACACUAAAGCAUUAUAGUAUUCCAUUGUAAUCAUAGAUUUAAUUUUUGUACAAAACGUAUUCAGUGUAUUACUAUCGUAACAUUGAACUGCUUGGUAUCUUCUUGAGACCUUGGUUAGGUUGUUUUAUUUAUACACUGUGAAUUCUAACAAUAACUUAUGGUCAAGAACUUAUGGUCGUACUAAGCAUGCGACUUAUCUUUGUCACAUUCUUGUAGUUCAAUACUCUCUUCGAUGAAAAAAAUCACAACCAAGUCAAUAAUACUUGAAAUAUUCUAUCCAGCUAUUGUUGUAAGCGCAGCUAUACAAAGUUAUUAUUAUUAUUAUUAUUAUUAUUAUUAUUAUUAUUAUUAUUAUUAUUAUUAUUGGCAAAAGUCCACAUUUUAAAUGGUGGCCAUAUUUCAUGUUUAUAUUCAGUAUUCAAUUCCCUGUCCAGAAAAUUCAUAUUAAAUUAAAAAUUACUUUUUACUAGUUCUGCAGAAUUACACUGAUUCGGUUUGCAAAUGGACUUUUUUUUUAAAAAAAAAACAAAAAAAUUUUCUUCUUCAAGAAGGCUGGCAACACUUUCGAUCAGAAUCGAUACAUUAUCCGUUUCUUUUAUUUUUUUAUGUUUUAACCUUUUAUGUUGCAAAGUCACUCAGUUUGAGCAGGUUUCUCGCUUUCUUAUUGGAGACAAUACUUGGGACUUUUCUCAAAUGCAUACAAAAUGUUUUGUACAAAAUGUAUUUUUUCUAUUUUCGUACGUUUUCAUACCUGUGUAUAUAUAACAGCUGUUUGUUUCAUGUUUUUCUGGUGUUUAACAUCAUGAUGUCGUGUAUACUCAAUGCUAUGAAAGCUGUGUUGAUAUUGUUACUCUCCCGUACACACCUGUGUAUCACCCUUCACCUGGUGUUUGUCAACCUCCCGUAUUAUUUAGUCAGUUCUGAGAAGAUGCUGAACCACAAGCUGGCUUUUGCCAUCGUACAGCUUAGCUGAUAAAAAGUUUUAAAAAAUUGGUGUUGGUUUUUGGCAUGACAUCGUCAUAUGUCACAGAAAUGUUGAUAUUUUGUUUCUGUGGUUCAAGUCUUUCAUUACAAUGGUGGGUGGCUUACAAUAUUUACUUGAAGCAGGGACUGUGUAUAAGGAGGUGCAAAGGGAAAGAUUAUUUUAUCAUUCGUUGAGAUUUUCGUUAACAUCUGUUAGCACUCAAAAUGUUGUGAAACAUUUAUAGAUAUAUAUAUAUCUUGCGUAUUGUUACUAAACUUAUAAACUUAGAAGCUUUUCGUUGCUGUUACUAUACGGGUCUUUGUUGUGUAGUUUCAUAGUUGAACUUCAUUUAAACUUAGAUGCUGACGUAUAGGGACCCUCCACAGUGAAGAUGUCGAGAGUUUAUUUCAUUACAGAAUUCGUGUCCCUCCGUGCAAUGGGCGCGUAUGCACGUGAGUAAGAGAAGAUAGUUGUAAUUCCUGAUAUAAUUCGAAACUAAUUAUGUUUGAUUUAAGACUUGGCUUCACAUUUUCCAAAAAUGAUAAAAUUUUAUUUUUAUUUAUUUUUUCCCCUUUUUUCGUUUUAUUUUUUUUUUCUUUCUUUCAUUUCUCUUUUUUCUAUAUCUCUAUAUCUUUCUGAUUACAUGAUUUGUUACAUUUUUUUCUGACUGCUGGUGCAUGUGUCUUUUCCUGUCAGUUCCUUCUGAUCUUCAGACACUCAUCUAUCCAUGCUUUUGUCUAGUAAUCAGUAAAGAAAUCUUCCCCUCGACUGUUUGUGAGGACACACGAAGCUGGUGAGGCUACUCAACGUCAGGUGUGCGAUCUUGCGUGUCGGCGGAGAUCGUUGUUAUGGACAUCAGGCCAGUGUCCUCAGUGACCCGUGAUAAGCCGUCGUAUCGUUGAAAAGGCGGGAGGUUGCAGCUUAGCAUCAGCAAUGCUGGAGGGUAGAAUCUUCCAGAAAUGUCACGCAACACUGUCCUGUUGUCUGAUUGUUAUCAGUUGUGUACGUGUACAUAAAUAAUACUGUCUCGAAUUUUACAAAUAAAGUAAGUGAACCAAGGAUAAAUGACUGCUUGUUUGUUAAAAUAAGUUUUAAUUAUUGAACUAGCUCUGCAAGGAUAUUAUUUAUAUAGAAUUAUAUAGA